AUGCAGACAUUAAAUGAUUAUGAAAUAAUAGAAAAAUUAGGUUCUGGUUCUUAUGGGGAUGUAAUGUUGGCCAAAUAGAAAGAAAGCGGAUUAUUAGUUGCAAUUAAAACCUUAGAGAAAAGAUUAUUAAUAAAGGAAAAAAAAUAAUAUUAGGUUUUUAUUGAAAAAGAAGUCUUAACUUAAGUGAAGCAUCCUGGGUUGAUUAAUUUAAUUGCUAGUUUUCAGAGUUCAUCAUAAAUAUAUUUAGUGCUAGAAUUUGUAGAGGGGGGGGAUUUUGCAAAUUUUCUAAAAAUUAAUAAAAAUAUUUCAUAAUAAAAUAUAGUUUUUUAUUCAGCAGAGAUUGUAAGCAUAUUAGAAUAGUUACAUUCAAAUGGAAUAGCUCAUAGGGAUGUAAAACCAGAAAACAUUAUGGUGGCCAAUAAUCUACAUAUAAAGAUGAUUGACUUUGGAACUGCAAAUUUUUUUGAUGAGAGAGGAUUAAAUGAGAGUGUAAGAGACAAAUUAAAUGAAUUACGAGAGAUUAGUUAACAAGAUGAAAGAUUCAUGGAUGAAAUUGAUUAAUAUUAAUAAAAACACAAGGCUACAUUUGUUGGGACAGCUGAAUAUGUAUCACCAGAGUUAUUAGAGGAUGAUAUAUGUGGUCCUUAAUCAGAUUUAUGGGCAUUGGGGUGCAUAAUUUAUAAAAUGUUCACAGGAACAACUCCUUUUUGUGAUUAGACAGAAUAUUUAGUAUUUUAGAAGGUCAGGGCUUGCUAGUAUUAAAACAGCAAUAAAAUUCCUUAGGAUGCAAUGGAUUUAAUAAGCAAACUAUUGGUAAGAGAUCCAUUGAGCAGAUUGGGAGGAGGAUUACCUAGUAUAAAUUAUUUAUAUUAAGAUUCAAAGAAUACCUAUAGGGAACUUAAGAGCCAUCCUUUCUUUA